UGCACACAAAAAAUGUUUGCUGCUUUAAUGUCCCUUUUCCUUUCAAUUAGGUUUUAUAGAAAAUCUGUUUCUCCCGAUAGAUUUUUAAGAUUCUGAAUGGUCCACCUGCAAAAACAGCACGGACGUUGCAACUAUAUCUCUAAUUAAAGGAAAGAGUGCGAAAACUACGAGGAAUCUUGACUGUUGAGUCUAAAAUAAAAAUCUUCAGUAGCAUAAGUAAGCUCUUAAAAUCAAGUUUGUGUAUUAAAAAUCCCACUUAAGGUAGUUCUAGAUCAAAGAUUGCCAAACAGAUGAAUUAUAGCUGAAGCAUUUCUAAAAUGAAAAAGUCUCCACAAACCCCAUUUCCCUCGCUAACCUACUGCCAUCAAUCGAAAAAACUGAUGCAAAUCGAAUUGUCUGAAUACUUCCAUGCUCUAGCACGUUUCUCUCGUGAGGACCCAUCGCGCAUAUCUAAUCAAAUUUUAAAAGCGACUUGUCCUUAUGCGAACAUCCUUAAAUUAAAAAUAAUAUGCUAAUCCAGAUUACGAAAGCUCUACUACACUAAUUGUAACAAUUCAUAUUUGGCUUAUGAUUGAUACUAUCAGGCCCCUACUUUAACUGUAUUAUAAAUACAUAUUAAGGGUGUCUAACAGUAUCCAUUCAGUCGCAACAGUUCUUUGAAAAUGAAGACUUGCUUUGUAGUUGUAUUGUGCUUCGUUGCAGCUUGCAAUGCAUCCCCUGCAAUUCAGUCUUCAUCAUGGGACAACCUUCUUCAAGUAGGAAGUGACUUGGAGGUAACUAAAGCCACAUCCGGAAGAAGCAACGAUGUGUCCGUUCAAGACUACAUUGAAAACUACAUCAAAUCCAACGACAUCUCUUUCAAACUCCCGAUUGUUGGAUCCACUGUUACGUUGGCUGGCAGGAAUUUGGACAACGAAGAACUAGGGAUCAAGCUGAACUUCGGCAGCGGCAGCGAAGUCCAAGCCCGCAAGAAGUCCAAGAUCAAGAAAAUCUUCGUCCCCAUCCUGGUUUUCAUUCUGAUCAAAGCGAUGACUCUCAUUCCUCUGGCUCUCGCAAUCCUGGGACUUAAAACUUGGAACGCCAUUCAGCUCUCUUUCAUCUCCUUCGUAACCACUCUGGCGAUGGCUGUGUGGAAACUUUGCUCCAAAGUGAACGGCGAUCAUCCACAACCUCAAGUUAUUCACGAAAGUUACGAUCCUCACCAUCAUCACCAUAUUGCAGCUGCCCGAGCCGAUCAAGUGGAAGGCAUCGAAAUGGCUUACAACGGAUAUGCUCCUGCCCGAAACUGAGUACAGAAUUCCUGUGAUGUGUUGAAACUUUAAUUUAUUUUUGAAUAAACCUAAACCUGAAAUCAA